AUGGCCACACAGUCGAUGCUUCUCGAUCUCGUCGCCAUCGGUAUUCUCCUCUACGGCCUGACACUACUUCUUCAGAAGCGCAAGAGCUCCAUACCACUUCCACCAGGACCUAAGCCGCUCCCACUUGUUGGCAAUAUCCGCGACCUCCCUCCCAGCGGUGUCAGAGAAUGGGAGCACUGGACGAAGCACAAGGACCUGUACGAACAAGGUCCCAUUAGCUCCAUCUCCGUCCUCGGCACCACAAUCAUCAUCCUCAACUCCGCCGAUGCCGCCUUCGAGCAUCCCUUCACCCAGCUCCUAGAAAAGCGCAGCCACCACCACUCCCGCCCCCGCAUGGUCUUCGGCGGUGAAAUGUGCGGCUGGGACCACCUGCUCGUCAGCCAAACGGACCCCAACGAAGUGCGCGAGCUGCGGAAGCGGAUCCAUCAGGUGAUUGGGACGCGCUCGGCGUUGGGGAAGUUUGAGGAAUUGAUGGAGGUGGAGGUGGAGAGGUUUUUGUUGCGGACGAUGAGGAGGCCGGAGGAGGUGGUGGGGAAUGUUAAGACGGAGACCGGGGCGAUUAUUUUGAAAGUGGCGUAUGGGUAUACGAUAGAGCCGGAGAAGAGGGAUCCUUUGAUCGAUAUUGCUGAUCGGGCACUGGCGCAGUUCUCGGCGGCGACUGUGCCGGGGGCUUGGAUGGUGGAUGUGAUACCAGCUUUGCGCUAUUUGCCUGAUUGGGUGCCUGGAACAGCCUUCAAGCAGACGGCCAGAGAAUGGAAGGCCACCUUUAUGGACCUGGCGGAGAGGCCUCUGAGCUUAGUGAAGCGGCAGAUGGCCGAGAACAGCCACGGAGGCUCAUACGUUUCCAACUUGUAUGGUAAAGCCGGCGACACUGUGACGGCCGAGGAAGAGGAGAGGAUCAAGUGGAGUGCUGCGGCGCUGUACACUGGUGGUGCAGAUACGUCUGUGAGCACCAUGUCGCUCUUCUUCCUGGCCAUGGUCGUGAAUCCAGAAGUCCAAGUGAAGGCCAGAGAGGAGAUCGAUCGAGUUGUUGGAAGCCACAAGCUGCCCACUUUCGCAGACCGACCGAGAUUGCCCUACAUUGACGCCGUAGUAAAGGAAUGUCUUCGAUGGCAUCCGAUCGCGCCAAUGGGAGUGCCGCAUGUGACGACACAGGAUGAUGUUUACCAAGACUACUUGAUACCGAAGGGAGGGUUGCUGAUCCCGAAUAUCUGGUACGGACGCCAAUUUUCGAAGCUGUUUACCCACGAUGCGCAGGUCUACGAAGACCCAAUGACUUUCAAUCCGGAGCGCUUCCUGUCAUCCCCACCGCCGCCAGACCCUCAAGACUUCGUAUUUGGCUUCGGCCGCCGCAUCUGUCCCGGCAAGCUUCUCGCUGAGACGUCUGUCUGGUUGACCGUAGCAAAAUCGUUAGCUGUGUUUGAAAUCAGCAAAGGAGUGGAGAAUGGAGUCGAGGUUGAGCCGGACAUACGCUUCACACCUGGCAUUAUCAGUCAUCCCAUGCCUUUCAAGGCUAGUAUUAAGCCGCGCAGCAAGCAGCACGAGGACCUGAUUCUGAAGGUGGAGGCCGAACAUCCAUGGGAAGAAAGUGAUGCCGAGAAGUUGCAGAGCUUGUGA